UCGUUUGCUUCGUUAAAAUGCUUAGUAGUGUACCAUCUAAAUUCUUUGACCCUGCAUCUGUGUAGCAAAUUGCGUUGAGCCCAACUUUUUACUACAAGUCAACUCUAGACUAGAUUGAGGCUAUGUUCAUGCCAAAGACGUCAUUGGUAUUUGCUGAUUAUGGACAUGUGAGAAUAGAAAUUGGUUUACCUGGAUUCAUUAAAGUGCACAGUGAUUGAAAGGCCAGAGUAGACCAAAUACUCGAAGUUUUUGGACUGUGGUGUUUAAAUAGCACAGUGGAUGAUCUAAUACGAUCUUUGGACAUCCUAGGACCUGGAGAGAUCAAGGACGCAACUAGGAUAUAACAGCUGUUGUUCUUGUUAUGAGUGAGCAUAAUCCAAUUUUAGAAGAGGUUCAAGAAAGAGUCGUCAGAUAUUGGGACAAGAACAGCACCAGCACCAUAUAUAAAAGAAAAAGAAAUGGCAUUCAGCGGGACACAACAGAAAUGUAAGGCUUGUGACAAAGUUGUUCAUUUCGUUGAAUCCCAAUCUGCAGAUGGCGCUAUUUAUCACAAGAACUGCUUCAGAUGCAGCCACUGCAAUGGCCGUCUCGCGAUAAGCAACUACUCAUCGAUUGAGGGAGUUUUAUAUUGCAAGCCUCACUUUGAGCAACUUUUUAAGGAAAAUGGUGCUACCUUGAUGAGGAGAUCGCUGUCAUCUGGAAAGCAACAACAGCCUGAUGUGCCCAAGAAACAACCAAGCAGACUGGCCUCCUUCUUCUCUGGGACUCAGGAUAAAUGUUCAGUUUGUAAGAAAACUGUCUAUCCAUUGGAAAAGUUGACUGUGGAAGGGGAGUUUUUCCACAAAUCAUGCUUUAAGUGCACACAUGGAGGGUGUUCCCUGAACCCUUCAUCGUAUGCAGCAUUGGAUGGAUUCCUUUAUUGCAAGCCACAUUUCUCUCAGCUCUUCAAAGAGAAAGGUAGCUACACCCAUCUCUCCAAGACAGCUUCCCUGAGGAAGCAGCAAGAAGAAGACAAGGCCGACAAAGCCGACACAACGGAAGACACAGACCCGGCCGCCGCACCCACAUCGGCAGAGGCAGCAGCUGAAGCUGAGGAUGCUCCCGUCACACCGCAAGAUCAGUAACCAUAUAAAUGCAUCCAUUGUAUGCAACCACGCUUCAUUGCCCGCCAUUAAUGUUUCUUCAUGCCUCUCUAAUUUUGAUUCUACUUAAAUUCUUUGUUCUUUUAUUUCAUUAUUCAGUUUUGUGUUAACCACAGGCGCC